UUCACAACGGAGCUCACUCAGAUUCAGAAGCCAUCACCGUCACCGUCGCCGCCGCCGCCGCCGCCGCCGCCGUCCUCGCCUGCACGCCUCUCCUCGAGAUCCGCCUCCGCCUGUCCCCGUGCGCGGCCACGAUCUCACGACCCCGAGCCCUACCCUGCGCCUCCCGCCUCCGGUCUCCGAUCCUCCUCCUAGCUCCAGAAUGGGUCUCCUCAGCAUCAUCAGAAAAAUCAAGCGCAAGGAAAAGGAGAUGCGUAUUCUCAUGGUCGGCCUCGACAACUCGGGUAAGACGACAAUUGUGCUCAAGAUAAAUGGGGAGGACACCAGUGUCAUCAGCCCUACUCUUGGCUUUAAUAUCAAGACCAUCCAGUACCAAAAGUACUCGCUGAACAUAUGGGAUGUUGGGGGGCAGAAGACCAUCCGUUCGUAUUGGAGGAACUACUUCGAGCAGACUGACGGUCUAGUUUGGGUGGUUGACAGUUCCGAUGUCCGAAGGCUCGAUGAUUGCCGUGCUGAGCUCCACAAUCUUUUGAAAGAAGAGAGACUGGCUGGAUCAUCGCUGUUAGUUUUCGCGAAUAAGCAGGACAUUCAGGGCGCUUUGAAGCCCGACGAAAUCGCCAAGGUUCUGAACCUUGAAGCGAUGAACAAGGACCGGCACUGGAAGAUCGUCGGCUGCAGCGCCUACACCGGGGACGGCCUGCUCCAGGGCUUCGACUGGCUGGUCCAGGACAUCGCCUCCCGCAUCUAUGUCCUCGACUGAAACAACAACCAAACUCUGGACAUUUAGCCAUAUGCACCACUGUUAUUGGUUACACAGCCAUAGGCAUGCUGCUGCUUUGGCUGUCUUGUAACAUGUAUGUAAUUUGAUAAGUUUGAACCAAACCAUAGAUGAUGACACUUUUGUUAUGCAAUCUCCUUGCUCAGUUGGAUAGCGUUGGAGACGGCAAGUUUUGCAUCUUAUUCAGCACAGAACACAAGAUCCUUGGAUUGAA